GUGGUGAAUCUGUUAAGUGUGCUGCUGCUGUUGCUUCAGUCAGUCAGAACUGCUGAGGAGGAGAAGCCGGACCAGUGAAGCAGACGAAGAUGAGGCUUUACUUUGUGAAUGUUCUCCUGCUCUGGCCUUCGUGUGCGGCAGAAAUUUCUCAGCCUGUUCCUUUCCAAACAGUGAAGCUCGGAGACUCGGCUACUAUUGAAUGUCACAUAAAGAGUGACCUGUACAAAAGAGUGUGGUACAAAUUCACCACAGAGAAGGGACUGCAGCUUGUGGCAGCAUUCAAUAAUUUCUUUAAUCGGAGUAUAUUUCCUGGCGAUUCUCAGCACCAUUAUUCAGUCAAAUUUGACAUAAUCAACAGCCAUCUGAGCAUUUCUGCAAUAACAUGGGAAGACGUUGGAACAUACUUCUGUGGAGUCACGCAGUUAAACGAGAUUCUGUAUGGAUCGGGAACCUUUUUGAUGCUAAAAGGUGCGAUCAGUGACUCUGGCGUCCAGCAGCGGGAGUCUGAACCCGUCCAGCCAGGAGACUCUGUGACACUCAGCUGUUCUGUUCACACUGGCCGCUGUGCAGGAGAACACAUUAGUGUCACAUGGCUGAAAAACUCUCAUCACUCUGCUCCGCAAAUGAUCUACUACUCUGGAAAUAAGAGCUGCCAGAGGACUGAGAGUGGAGAGACUAGCUGUGUGUACGAGCUUCUCCUGAGGAACCUCAGCUCUGAUGAUGCUGGAACCUUCUACUGUGUCCUGACUUCAUGUGGACAGACGCUGUUUGGAAACGGGACCAGGAUUAUUGUUCACAAAAAUGCUGUCACCAAUCUGUCACCAUCUGAACUGAGUCCAACUGUGAUUGCUCUGACGCUGUCAAACAUCAUUCUGGGGACUGGGACACUCCUCCUUAUAUGGAAACAGAGGAAAGAUUCCACAGAGGCAAAGGAUGGAUCUUCUGAAGGCAAUCAGACUACUGAUACAGUAACCUAUGCAGCUGUGUGUUCGGCCCCUAGACGCCUCCCCACCAGACAAGCUAGAGGGAAAUACUGUGGAGACUCUGUAGUUUAUUCUAACAUUAGCUACUGUCAACAGAACCGACAGGUGGAAAGACAGACAAACCAGGGAGAAUGAAGACUGAAGGAGUAGGAAUGCCUAAAUGUACAUCUUUACACACAUUUGAAAUAUGACCAAAGACCACUUUAUCUGUAUGAAAUAUAAAGAAGUCUGCCACUGGAGCUUCUUCAUGACUAUAGUUAAAGCUG